AUGUCAAUUCAGGAGGUGAACGGCAAGGGACCUAAAAAGAGGAAAAAGUCUUUAGAAAUCUGUGAUAAUGAUCAACGUGCUGAGUUAAAUGAGGGUGUGCGAGAGGAGAGCGAGGGUGGAGAAUUUAAGAAUGGCGGUGGUUCGAAGGUUUCUCGAGCGGAGGUCAGCGAGGGUGUGGAGUUGCUGCACUGGCGCGACAUGCCGCAGCACUUGCAGUUCAACCCAUACGUACUGACCGGCUAUCGGCCCUUGCAGAGUUGGGGCGGAUGCGUACGCAGUCUCUUCUACUUCCACAAUGAGACGAUUAAUAUUUUAACGCACGGUGUGUCCCUGGUGUACAUGAUAGCCGUCCUCCCAGGACUGCUUCCUUGGGGCGGUGGUGGAGGUGGUGCCGGCGCAUGGUUCCUAUCGUUAUGCCAUCUUCUUGGUGCCUUGGCCCCGUGGUGUGGCUCCUUCUUGUACCAUCUGUUCAUGAACCACACACAAGGGGCCGCUUUGUACCACAGGUUGCUGCAGCUCGAUAUGCUGGGCAUUUGGGUCAGUCAAAGCAUAGUUCCGGAACUCUACCCUAAUGGAUUAGACUUGAAGAGGCCUUUGUCAACAUUAACAGCUACGUUUUUCUUCUCUAAAACAAUACGACGACGAGGGUCGCUCGUUUACAAUUCUAUUUUUGCAUCUGAGAAUAAAGGGUUAAAAGCAAUAAAAACCAGUCAAGAG